AAAAGGAAAUUUAUGAGUGUCCACUUGUCGGAUGUACUUUUUACACGAACAGUCUCAAAGAAUAUAGAGAACACAGGAAAACGCAUGACGAACCAUUUAUUUACGAAUGCAAAGAACCGAAUUGUGGAAAAAAGUACAAUCAUAGUGGAUCAUUAGCCAAUCACAAGAAAACAAAACAUCAUCUAAAUAUCAAUGGGGAAACUGUAACAAACCAUUCAUUCGAAAGUACAUCUUGA